CGUGCGAAGCAGACGAGCGAGAGUCCAGGGCUGGGAAAGCCCGUCGUGAGCCCUCUCCGUCCGGCCAAGCCAGCCGCGAGCGCUCCGCGACGGUGCCUGGGACAUGGCGACUCCGCGCCACCGGCCGCGGGUCCUUCCCGGGCCCGCGCUGGGCGGGCUGCUCCUGCUGCUGAGCGUACUGGCCUUGGGCCGCGCCUCCCCGCGCCUCUUGGACUUCCCAGCUCCGGUCUGCGCGCAGGAGGGCCUGAGCUGCAGAGUCAAGAAUAGUACCUGUCUGGAUGACAGCUGGAUCAACCCUCCAGACCUGACCCCGUCUUCCCCCAAACAUGUCCAUGUCCAGCUGAACUUGUCCACCCAGCGCGGAGAGCUGGUCCCCGUACUGCACAUUGAAUGGGUACUGCAGACGGAUGCCAGCAUUCUGUACCUCAAGGGAGCAGAGCUGUCCAUCCUGCAGCUGAACACCAAUGAACGGCUCUGCAUUGAGUUUGAGUUUCUGAGCAGCCUGACGAAUCAGCGUAACCGGUGGCGGUUUUCCUUCAGCCACUUUGUGGUAGAUCCUGGCCAGGAGUAUGAGGUGACAGUUCACCACCUGCCCAAGCCCAGACCUGAUGGAGACCCAAACCACAAGUCCAAGAUCAUCUUGGUGCCUGACUGCGAGGAUCCCAGGAUGAAGAUGACCACAUCUUGUGUGAGCUCAGGCAGCCUGUGGAAUCCCAACAUCACUGUGGAGACCUUGGACACCCAGCAGCUGCGAGUGAGCUUCACCCUGUGGAACGAGUCCACCCCCUACCAGAUCCUGCUGGAGAGUUUUCCACACUCGGACAACCAAAGCUGCUUUGAUGACAUUCAGCAAAUCCCUGCGCCCAGACAAGAAGAAUUCCACCAGCGAGCCAACGCCACGCUCCCUCUAAGCAGCUCUAACUGGUGCUGCCGCCACCACGUGCAGGUCCAGCCCUUCUUCAACAGCUGCCUGAAUGACUGCUUGAGACAUGCUGUGACCGUGUUUUGCCCAGACAUCCCAAAGACCCCAGAUUCUCUUGCAGACUCUAUUCCUCUGUGGGUGUACGGCUUCAUCACGGUCAUUGCCAUUCUGCUGGUGGGCUCUGUGAUCCUGCUGACCAUCUGCAUGACCUGGAGGCUUUCUGGUUCUGAUCCUGAGAAACACAGCGAUGACUCAAAAUGCAGUGGCACUUCGCCAGUAGCUGAGCUGACUCCCCCACCCCUGAAGCCCAGGAAAGUCUGGAUCAUCUACUCAGCCGACCACCCCCUCUAUGUGGAGGUGGUCCUCAAGUUCGCCCAGUUCCUCAUCACUGCCUGUGGCACUGAAGUAGCUCUUGACCUCUUGGAAGAGCAGGUUAUCUCAGAGGUGGGGGUCAUGACCUGGGUAGGCCGACAGAAACAGGAAAUGGUGGAGAGCAACUCCAAAAUCCUCAUCCUGUGCUCCCGAGGCACCCAGGCCAAGUGGAAGGCCAUCUUGGGUUGGGCUGAGCCUGCUGUCCAGCUACGGUGUGACCACUGGAAGCCUGCAGGGGACCUUUUCACGGCAGCCAUGAACAUGAUCCUGCCAGACUUCAAGAGGCCAGCCUGCUUUGGCACUUACAUUGUUUGCUACUUCAGCGGCAUUAGUAGCGAGAGCGAUGUCCCUGACCUCUUCAACAUCACCUCCAGGUACCCACUCAUGGACAAAUUUGAGGAGGUUUACUUUCGGAUCCAGGACCUGGAGAUGUUUGAGCCUGGCCGGAUGCACCAUAUCAAAGAACUCACGGGGGAGAAUUACCUGCAGAGCUCUAGUGGCGCACAGCUCAAGGAGGCUGUGGGCAGGUUCCAGGAGUGGCAAACCAAGUACCCUGAUUGGUUUGAGCGGGAGAACCUCUGCUUAGCAGGUGACCAAGAUCUCCCAUCCCUGGAUGAGGAAGUGUUUGAAGACCCACUACUGCCACCAGGGGGAGGAAUUGUCAAACAGCAGCCCCUGAUGCGGGAGCCUUCUGAGGGCUGCCUGGUGGUGAAUGUCUGUGUCAGUGAGGAAGGAAGCGGGGUAGCAAAGCUUGAUCCGCAGCUGUGGCCACAGAGAAAACCCGUGGCUCAGAUUCUCCAGACCAUGGUGCUGCCGGCAGAACAAGUGUCUGCAGCUCAUGUGGUGGAACCUGUCCCUCUCCCACAUGGCAGUGGAGCUGUGACCCAGCUGACCCUGGCAGAAGACAGCGAGGCCUGCCCGCUACUGGGGGCCCAGAGGAACAGUGUCCUCUGUCUCCCUGUGGACUCAGAUGACUUGCCUCUAUGUAGCACUCCGAUGCUGUCACCUGAGCACUUCCACGGUGAUGCAAGAGAGCAGCUAGAAAGCCUGAUGCUCUCAGUGCUGCUGCAGAGUCUGAGCGGACAGGCCCAGGAGAGCUGGGUGAGGCCCGUGGUGGUGCUCAAGGAGCCCUGCACUUCCUCUGAGGAGGAGCAGCGGCAGUCAGUGCAGUCGGACCAGGGCUAUAUCUCCAGAAGCUCCCCGCAGCCCCCUGACUGGCUCACAGAGGAGGAGGAAUCAGAACUGGAUAAGUCAGCUGAGCCUCUGUCUCCUGAGGUCCUGCAGAACCUGAGGAACCUCCAGCGGCAACUCCUCUUCCAGGAGCUUGAGAAGAACCCUGGCUGGGACAGUUUGGAGCCACGGAGACCAGCCACAGAAGAGCAGGCUCCCUCCUAGGGCCUCCUGCUGCUGGUGCUUAAGCAGAUGUACAUUGUACUGGUGUGUAUGUGUGUGGGGGAAGCAGCAGCUUUGGAGAUCUGCAUCUCUGAGUUUGACAUAGUGGCAUAUACCUGAAGUCCCAGCACUUGGGGCCUGAGACUUGAUCCCCUGAACCAGGGGGUUCAGGGCCAGUGUGGGCAACAGAGCAAGACCUCAGAAAAAUAAAUAUAGACAUUUUGAUCCUGAUCCCUAAACACCCCCUUUCACUCGAUAGGCACAUCUGGUCGUCAUCAUACAAGAAUCCACAGCAUGUUUCCAGGUUCUCAUAGCCAAGCGGGUCACUCAUUCCUGGAGCAUCUGUCUGUACCUUACUAUGCAUCAGGAUUGGGGAUUAAAAAAUAAGUUACAUGACACAGCCUUGGCCACCAAGAAACUUAAAAACCAGUAAGGAUGAAAAAUUAGCCAGGAUGAUAAUAGGAGACAUGAGGCUGCUGGCCCUGGCCACAGAAAGAACCCUAAGAGCCUGAGAGCAGAGGUCUUGGGAGGGGAGCAGCCUGUGGCUUGAGUAUUAUGCAGGAGCUGGAGCUCAGGGUGGAGAGAACUUUGAGGCUAGGGUGGGAGCAGCUGGGGACUCAUUCCUAAGUGGAUCUGUUGCCCUGUGGGGGAGGAAACUGCAUGCCAAAUAUACCCAGAAGUCUUCCCAGAUCCAUUUUGUACAAAGAGUCAAGAUAGAAAUGGGGGCUGCAAAACUGAAGAAGCAGGAAGAGGCGUGUGAAAUCCUGAGCUCCAGUGCUGGCAGCCAGUCUGUGGGAGGGCUGGUGCGUGGUUCUUCACGGAGUGCAGUCACCUGAUCCCAGCAGCUUGGGGCCCAAGACCCCUCAUCUCUACCUCAGGGUGUAGUAGUGGAGCAAAGUAAGAUGUGGGGGUUCUGUGAUGGGGACAUGGCAGCGGGCAACGGGCAACACAGCGGGCCCUGAGAUCAGAGGGAAGUAUGUCACUGUGUGCCUGAGGCGUAAGCAAAGGUUGGUUAACGUAGCUCCUGGGAUGCCCUUUUGGGGCAGAUAGCAGGCUUGGGUCCUAGAGAAUACACAGGUGUGCAUGCCCUGAGCCCCAUGCUGGCCACUCCCAGCCCUUCAGGCUUCAGGGAGAAAAGAACUACGAAGUCUGUGGGCAAAGCAAAAGCAGUGUUUCUGUGUGUGUAUAUGUGU